AGUCAAGAGAUUGGAUUAUUACAACAAGGGUAAAAAUGUCUCGGUAUUUAUUUGUGCUGUGCUAAAAGGCAUCCGUGAACUGUCGUGUAUCAGCUUAAUAAAGUGCUUCGCAUGAAAUGGUGCUCUCCUUUGAAGGAGCAGGCAGAGGAAAAGAGGAGGGUCUCGCUCGCUCACUCACUCGGAUUUGAGCGGCAAACAGCAUAUGUGAGGUAUUAUGACUUGCCACCUCAGUUUUUCCGACCAUUGGAACUAAGAGAACGGCUCUACUUACAGUAGAGUCCAUGCGGCCUGAAAUCGCUUCACCUCCGGCUGAGCUCCCAGCAUGUCUCGCCUCUCCUCCACGGCUAAGCGCUACGCUGGCUCUUCAUACAGCAGUCAAUACAGCUCAUAUGGCUCCUCACUGGGCUCGUAUGAGCGGGAUAAGCUCCCCUAUAAGAGUUCCUCCUCAGGCUACUCCUCCUCAGGCUACUCCAGCUACCUGAGCUCCAGUGCCGCCCGUACCCGCAACUACAGCUCCUCUUCAGAGCCAGACCGCGGUCGGCCCAUCCCUCGCACAGAUCUUCUGGGCAGCCGGCGGAGCGAGAGCCUGAGUCGCACUCCAGUGAAAGGCUAUGGCUCGGGCCUCAACGGGGGCUCUGGAUACAGCAGCUAUAGCUAUUCUCCGGCCCCCACCAGCUACCUCUCCACCUCACCCGUGUCCUCCAGCAUAUCGCUCAGUCGACGCAAGUCGGUCAGUCAGAGCGACCUGACGCACGACCUGUCGGCCCUGGGCUUGAGCGAGACCUCCAGUAGCAGCAGCCUGAGGCCGUCCUACAGGAGCAGAGCCAGCGACUCCUCAGAGUCCUACAGCAGCUCUCGCUCCAGCUACGGCCUCUCACGAAGCUCCACGCAGGAGGGUCUCGGUAGCAGCAAUAGUGGCCUGAAGAGCAGCAGCAGCAACCGAUAUUCCUCCAGCUAUCGCUCCACCUCACCAGUAAGAGAGUCUUCGAACUCAAAGAGUGCACAUGGCCUUGUGGGGCUACGCAAUCUGGGAAAUACAUGUUUUAUGAACUCCAUUCUCCAGUGUCUUAGCAACACACAAAGCUUACGAGACUACUGUCUUCACAACUCCCACCGCCGAGACCUCAACAACAACAGCCGCACAAACACUGCUCUUAUGGAAGAAUUUGCCAAGCUCAUUCAGACAUUGUGGACUUCUUCAAGCAGUGAAGCCGUCAGCCCAUCUGAGUUCAAAACACAGAUACAAAGAUUCGCCCCGAGAUUUGUUGGGUACAAUCAGCAGGACGCUCAGGAGUUUCUACGGUUUCUGCUAGACGGCCUCCACAACGAAGUGAACAGGGUUACGGUUCGGCCACGGGGAUGCGUGGAUGAUUUUGACCACUUGUCUGAUGAUGAGAAAGGGAGGAAGAUGUGGGCUAAGUACUUAGAAAGAGAAGACAGCAAAAUAGUAGACUUAUUUGUAGGUCAGCUGAAGAGCUCUUUGACUUGCAGUGAAUGUGGCUAUUGUUCCACUGUCUUUGAUCCCUUCUGGGAUCUUUCCUUACCUAUCGCCAAGGGCUAUGGAGACGUGAGCCUUAUGGACUGUAUGCGGCUCUUUACUAAAGAAGAUGUGCUGGAUGGGGACGAGAAGCCGACAUGUUAUAGGUGCAAAGCAAGAAGGCGAUGUACAAAGAAAUUCAUGGUUCAGAAGUUCCCUAAAAUUUUAGUUCUUCAUCUGAAGCGUUUCUCAGAAGCUCGUGUCAGAACCAGCAAACUGUCAACUUUUGUCAACUUUCCUUUGAAGGACCUGGAUCUCAGGGAGUUUGCCUCGGACAGAAGCAGUGGUGCCGUCUAUAACUUGUAUGCAGUGUCCAAUCACUCAGGCACUACUAUGGGAGGCCACUACACAGCAUACUGCUGCAAUUCUGAAAAUGGGGAAUGGUAUACAUAUAAUGACUCAAGAGUCACGCCAAUGUCCGCCAGCCAAGUCCGAAGUAGUGACGGAUACGUGUUGUUCUACGAGCGAGCUGGACACUAAGGACAGACUGUGGAAAAAGAUAAAGUGCAUAACUUGAGUCCUGUGGGCUGAAGGCACAUUACAAACAAUGCUGCUUCCCUUAGAGGCCUGUAGAGCAAUGCAGGAGGAGAUGUCAGAAGAAUAUCGCUCUCUGCUGGUCACUCGGGAGAAGUGCACAUGAUGCCCUUUCACACUCCACAGCUGUGUUAAAGAGUCGAAGGAUAUCCUUACGUCUCCGUGUGUAUGUGUAUGAGUGUAAAGGCAGCUGACAGGCAAUCAUCAUCAGGCAAUAACCCCAAGUGACUCAGAAGUCUCUACUAUGCACUGAAACCGAACUCUUCUUAUCCCAAAUGCGCCUUCAUCUUGUUCAAGAACGCCUCAAUAUUAAACUCUGGUUUCACUUGCUUUUCGUUUUGGAUUUUCUUUCUGAUUUAACAUUUUUCAAAGUGUUUGUCCUCUAUGACUUUGACCCUGUCGGGUUGCUGAGGAAUUACCGAAGCUGUGCUGCCCGUUACUUUUCUUCACCCCUAACCCAUCAUCCUCCCUGUUUAUGCUUAGUUUUUUCCUCCUCUCAUUUUUUUCUCAACCUCCUGAUGGAGUCGCAUAGUCACGGGAGUCUGCGGUGUUGAGAGAACAGCGUGUGGCUGUGGCGUGACUUUUAUUUAGUGUGCCUGCUACUGAUCUUUGAUAUGCUGUGAAUGGAAAUGUGGUCCGAAAGAUAAGAGAACUGGGAGGGGAAUAGUGCUGAGAGUAUGGAUUUGUUUAUCCUUGAUUUCAUGCCAUUGAACAACAUGGAAAGAAUGUUUUGAAAAAGAUAAUCUGUAUAUUUUUAUAUAUGAUGCAAUACAGAGAAUGUACUACACAGUGGUGCUGAAAAUGACCCGUUACUGUUUUCAGUUAAUUUAAUAAAGGUAAGAGAAUGGCAUUUAUUUAUGGUAUGAGUCACGCAGUGGCAGUCAAACUAUAUAUAUAUAUAUCUGUAUGUAUGUAUGAAUGAAUAAAUUUUAGAAGAAUGAACUGAUAAAAUGGUCCGCAUGGGUUGUGUGUUUUUUAUUAGGUGUUUCAAACACAAAUUUUGAUGAAAAGAGGUUUAAACUAAAUUAAACACAUUUUUAAACAAAGAGGCAAGUGAAAGGAGGGACUUGGCUUUAAAAAAAGGUUACCAAGAGAUUAGUUAGGGAAUUAAGUUUGGAUUUUGUAGUUACUAAUAAACCAUUUUUAUAUAAAUUAAAGUCAUCACUUAUUGUUAAAAAAUUGUGUAUAUAAAAAGAUUAAUUGCUUAUUCUCCCAUCAUACUGUAGAAAUGGUAUGGGUUUAUAAAAUAAAUUUUUAAGGGGCGGGGGAUGUGUGGAAAAUAUUGAGCACCACGAAUGCUACAUUUUAGUUUUUGAAAAUUAUGAUGCAUGGUGAUUUUAUUUUAAAAAAGACUUCUGAGGCAGGACUGACUAUUGAGUGAUUUUUAAUUUAUGUUUUCAUGUUUGUUUUUCUUGUUAUGAUUUUUCAUGUUAUGUUAAUUCAGUGUUGGACAAUAGUUGGAUAUAGGCCCACAUUAUUUUAGUAACAGGACAUUAGGUUUUGACUUUGUGUGUGCAAAGUACAACGUUAGACUUUCAUAACUGGAAUGAUUUGACUGAUGAUCCCUUGUCAAGUCACACAUUGAAUAACUUCCAUAGAAUAUAAAAUAAACUUCAAAAUUUCAUCAUGUGUAACAUGUAAGUGAAUACAUACAACAUAAAGAUUUGCUUAAUGGGAUGAAGAAAAAUAUGGCAGAAAACAGUGUUGCAGCUAAUAGUUAAUCAGUGGACAAUCCUUACAAUAGACAUGGCUGGUUUAACAACAGUCAGUACUAACAAGGUUCUGGAUAAGAAGGUAUAAUAUAAAGUGCUAAAUGAACCAUGUUUUGCCUAUUUUUCUGAUCUGUUAAUAAAGAUUAUUUGAAUUUU